AUGUACGGUAUGGAGAAGUACAUUCUCUUGUUCAUUUGUUCUCUAUUAUUACUCGUUUCCGUGGGAAGUAAAGGUAAAGGAGAAUUACCAAUUGUCGUACUUGAUUUUCCACUGGAUUUUAAUUUUGCUGGAACGGAGUUUGACAUAGAACUCUCAUUCCGAACCAAAAGUAAACGACGAUUGUCUCUUGAAGUCAGUUCAACAGGAACACAAAGUAAAAAGUUUAGAGAAUUCAAGUACGAUGCUAUCGUCGCUCAUCGCACCAAAGUAACACAGAAAUUAAAAGUUACAGUUCUCAUGCGAGACUCGCUGGCGUAUCUCGAGAACAAAAUUAUUGAUGUGCAGCCAGACCUUUACACAGAUGAAAUUCAAGUUACUGGUUUGUUGCUUGAUGAUUUUCGUGGUGGAUUAUAUUCAAAGACUGUAUUAGCUGGAGACUUUCUACGACUGCCAUUGGUUCCGCCAUGGAGUAGGCCAAAAAAACCCGGAUUCAGUUUCUUGUGGCCUUGGGAACAGUUAUUGAAAAUCAAUCAGCCAAAGGUUGAGAAGUGUCAGAAUCUCAGAGGUGAGUUUGAAGCAACCUAUAGUCAACUCUUAAAAAAUUGUUGCAGGUGUAGUAAAGUUAAAGAAUUCAUGACACUUUGUACAAUGAAUCGUGACUUGUUAAUCUUGAAUGAACAAUAGAUCAGUUACUAGCUUGAUAGGAACCGGAAACACGAUCCCUAUUGUGUAAGCAAGCAUGCAAAAAUGUGCAUCGUGUAAAGUAGAUAGUUAGAUGUGCCUUCCGAUCGGAAUAGCGUAAAAGCUACAAGCUACACCCUUUAAACUGAUAGGAUUUUGUGUAGGAUGGAAUGAUUACUUAAACCUAGCCGCUCAGGAUUUAUGUAAGUAAUGUAGGUGUAAUAGUGUUUUAAGCUUUCAAUCGAAUUAGGGUGUUUACUACAAAGGAAACCACAUGCAUUCCCUACUAUAUUUUCCCACGUAUGAUUUAGCUACCAAUAUGUAUAAAAGUACCUUGAUUUAGCAAUAAACAAUGAAUGUGAAUGUGAUCAAGACUUGAGUGUGUUCAAGUCUCUUAGAAUAUUGAUAGCCCGAAACCGGCCAGGUCGAGAGAUACUCAAGCAGUCGACACUUCUCUGUUGGCCACGAAAUCAACUCCUGUUUACAACACAGGGUUGGCCAAAUUAUCAAUACCCCUACAACCUGACAUUGUUGUGGCUCAUGGACUAAAAACAGAUCUCAGAUUUCUGUAAUUUACCUAACCUGGUAGUAAAUAUAUUUUGGUUCCUUUUCAGACAUUGUUGACCUGAUAACAUUUCCUGUGGCUUUGACUGGUAAAGAAACUGGAGUAAAAAGGUAACUUUGACAGUCUUGAAUCCUAGGCUGUUAUUAUUAAAUGCAGGGGUUUCAAUAAAAGUCAUCCUCUAACAAAAUAAUUGACUAAGACAAGCGAGAAGUGGCCCUUUGCAAGCAAAAUGUGAGAGUUGCUUCUCCCAAUUACAGGGCUUCUGGUAUUUCGCGCGGUCGCGGACCCGCGAAAUUCAGCUAUUUUCGCGAAAUCCCGCGAAAUUCCCCAACAAAAAGCUAAAUACCGCGAAAUCCGCCAGAAAUAUUUCCAAAUACAUGUCGGCAAAACAUAUUUAAUACUUGUCUUGGCUAUUUGACCUGUUCUAUUCACCCCAAACGUCCAAAUUUAUCUUGAACUUCGUCACUGCAACGAGUAAACAACGUCCCAAAACUACCAGGCGUCUUAGAUGAACGUUGCGAAAAACUGGGCACUAACCAUAAUGUUAACGGCUUUAGCAUUCGCUCAUUUCUCGAGCGAACUGUUGUUGAAGGAGCAAAUGAUUAUCUCUGUUAAAAAAAACGUUAAACAACGCUGGUCAUAUCGGCGCAAAAUUGAUCGAUAUUAGCGAAAUUUGCCAAAAAAAAAUCCAGCGAAAUCGGCAGUUUUUUACUGAUUGUUUCUUGGCGAAGUUUCCCGCUGAAAUUUCCCGUGAAAUCGGCCGAUUUUUCUAAGAAUUUGCCCCCUGAAAAUCCUUUGAAAUUUGACUUUUUUCUCUAAAAUCCCGCGAAAUCGGCCGAUUUUUCUGUGAAUUUUGACUUUUCUCCCGCGAAAAUCCCGCAAAAUCGGCCAAUUUUCCCCAAAUUUUGACUUUUUUCCCGCGAAAAUCCCGCGAAAUCGGUCGAUUUUUCCGCGAAUUUGCCCCUGAAAAUCCCGCGAAAUUUUGCUUUCUUUUCCGCGAAAUAUCAGAAGCCCUGCCCAAAGCAUGCUGAAUCAAUUUUUUUUGCAAGCGUGGUAGAUUCAUAACAUUUGUAAAAGAAACAAGAACAACAAGGACUGAAAGUUAUAACUACCAGCUUUCAGCAGUAUAAGCUGUAAUGUUACCCCUGGACAGUAACACGUAUAUUUAGCAAUUAAUGAAUGAGGCUGAGUAGGAUAUGAAGAAUUAAGCAGAUCGAUCAAAAUAAUUCCUAGUUUGAAAACAUAGCUAAAACAUGCUUACCUGCAUCGAUGUUAAGUUCAUCUUCGAUAGUGUACAUUUAGGUUUGUCCAGCUCCACAAGUAUUCUCCAACUAGCAGAUGUCACUCUCCGAGUUGUCUUCUUGCUGUUUUUUCCAUGUUUUUAGCUAUUAUUUCGCCUAGUUCCAGCUGUGGUUCUUACUCUAGAAACGGGUGAAAUGUCCGCCAUUUUUUUGUCACGACCAAAACAACUCAACCUCAUCCCCAGGUCUUCUCGGUAACAACGUUAACAACAUCAACAUUUAUUUUUGGGAAAGCUACCAGUAACCAUCAAAAGUACUUCAUAUACUUUCCUUUAAUUAUCCUCUCAGGUUGAGGCUAGUGAGAAGCCAAAUGACAGAAGAUGCGCUAUGCCACAGAAGUAUGCAAUUCUACGAUGAUAUUAUGAAAUUCAUUGACGUCACUAAACAAUUUAAAUAUUCAUGAGAAAUAAUAACAUAUUAUUAUUAUCAACCCUCCAAGUUGUGACUGUUUUAGUCGCCAUGGCGCCUAAAAUUUUGAAGCUGGUGACUUGAUUUGUAAAAACGUCUCCCCCAAACCAAAAGAAUUGGUCGCCAAAUGGUGGCCAAGCAAGAACUUUAACUUGGAGGUUGUAUUAUCAUAUAUGACUUUAGUGUGCAAAGAAAGUAGUAUCCGAUAGCCUGGGGCUAGUGGAUUUUGCUAUCAGGCUAGUGAAUUUUGAAGUUAACUUUCCCGACGGGCAAGUGAAGUUUUUUGAGGAAUUCAUAUUAAAGAAGAACUGUGAAAUCAAUUCUGCUCAUCAAAAAGUUUUUUGGGCUAGUUGAAAUGACGUUUGGGCUGAAACAAGAGUCGUGACCUUAUCUAUCAAAUGUGACUCCCUCGCCUUACGGGCUGAGUCACGUGAAGAAUGAAUUUUCUCCUGUGGAAUUUCGCGAAUUCGCCACUUUAGAAACGAGAGGGAAACUGGACCGAGUUUACUUUCGCAAAGACUUCUGGGACUGUUACUAGGGUGCGUCCCUAGUAACGAUCACAGACAAAUUUCGGCUCCAGUCCCCGUCUAGUUUGUAAAGUGGCGAAUGGCCAUUUAUUCUAUGAUGAUAGUGUCACAUAAGUUCCGGUCAUCAAGUGACGUAAUAACAAUGAACAAAAAGACACUGAACGUAAACUUGCCCUGCAUUUCUCGAGGCUGGUUAAGAAAUUCGUGCAGAAAGAUUAAACGAUUUUACUUGAAAUUGAGGAGAAGGCUAAGGUACAAAUUGCAGGCAAAAAAAAUCAAUUCUCCUGAGAUUACGUCACAGACAAGUUGUCCGAGUUCCAUUUUUACAUCUCUCAUAAUACACCUUGUUUGCCCCCAAAAUUUUGCAUAAGCAUUGUCUUUAAUUCUCUUGGGACGACUGUAAUACCCAGGAGAAAUCGAAAACAAACGUUAUGCAAAUUAAUGAUAAUGAUAAUGAUAAUGAAUUUGUAUAGCGCUAAAACUAUAGGUGAAUAUUCAAAAGCGCUUUACAUUAAGUUAAAAUUAAUGAAGAAACAAUAAAUAAAAAAUUAAUGAAGAAAUAAUAAAUAAAAAAAAUUGGGGAGUGGAGGGGCAAACAAGAUGUGCAAAUGGUGAAUAGGCUCUUCAUUCACGUGGUAGAAGACCGCCUCGCGGGAUAGCAAGAGACUCAUUGGGACAAGAUUGUUUGUCUUGUCCUAGUGCGACUUUUGCUCUCCAGCAUGGCGGUUUUUUACCACGUGAAUGACCAGCUGCAAAGGUCCCAUAGGAUAUCGCUCAACAUUAAACAAAGAAGGAAACCCUGGAAUCUUACCAGUUUCUUAGUCAAAUAAUUUUUUUCCAAACUGUUUCCUGUAGGACGGUUCCACCUUAGCUGCAAGUCAGCGAGCUUAUCAUCCGGACGAGUUCUGCAAAUCUGAAACACUCAAGAUCGGUAUCCUUUAAAUAUAUUACCGUUAUUAAGAACAAAACCGAAAAAGACACAGGCUCCUUUUAUUUAGCAUUGAGAAAACAGCCGACGUUUCGCGACGCCACCACUGUUUUUCGCGCAAAAUGACGUCAGAAGAAACGCGAGCGGAAAUUCCAUACUGAUGACGUGUUACUACCCAGAUCUAGCUUCUGAUUGGAUGAAGUAAAUUUCCAACCAAUCAGAAGCAGUACCCACAUCUGGUUAGCAACGUGUCAAAAGCAUGAAAUCUCUGCGUUCGUCCCAGAGACUUCAUUGGUGGCAUCACGAAAUGUCUGCUGUUUUCUCAGGCUACGAUGGGUGCUUAAAGACGAAGGUCGGCUCUACCCUGGAUAUUCUAUUGUUAUUUACGACAUGAUAAUAAAGUGUGGGAAUAAAUCUAAAACUGGGCGAAAGCAACUCGGGCAGGAUCAAUUCCGACCUAUUCGUUGGGUGGGAGGGUGGACAAAGGGUCUCUUGACUUCCGCGGCCUCGAAAACAGUGUUGGAUUGAAACACUGGUAGCUUCUUUAUGCAUUAUUCCCAGGGUACAAUUACCAAUGCAAGUCGGUUGUUUUACACUCCUUGACGCAUUUAAAUCCUAGAUGUGAAAUACUAUCUCGCUAAUCAGGUUCACCCGGUUGUAGCUCGUUUGUGCGAUCCCAUCGACGGCACCGAUGCAGCUCAUAUUGCCCAGUGUUUAGGUAAGUGAAUGGGCGAUUUAACUCCACGGCUAGAAAACUGCUUGCAAUGCAUCUAAACAAAAUGUGUCUACUGAUUAAGUCUGUUUAAAGUAUUAACUCCUUUAGUGUUUUCUUGUAUAUUGCAACAACGAAAUGACCUGAUAUCACAGUUUUAUUCUCCCUAGAAGCCUCGGCUAGCUCUUUCUUUAGGGUAAAAACUCAAAGGCGGUCUAUCAAUAUUUGUGGCCUCUGGCACGGACAAUUUGCCUCUACUCCUACACCGGAAGCAGUUUUUCUUAAGUUCUCUACUUGCUAUCUAUCGUCUCAUUGGUUCAGAGCGUACAGUUAAUUUUGGAAGUCAGCGCAACCUUCAAAUCUGUUGGUUGCGAGCUCAAUGCGUGAUUUCCAAGAGCAAUGUCAAUUUGUGUUCCGCGCGACGGUUCGUUUGUCGUUAUUUUCUUUUUUUUCUCACCAUUCAAACGGCUGCACUAAAUUUUGUUGUUGUUGGUUUUUCUUUUCAACGAUCAGCAUCGUUAUACGACAACCCUGUAAAGACGACAAGAUUUCCGUGACCGUAGUCGAAUUAACGGGUUAUUUACUGUUCAUUGAGAUUCCCGUGAAACUGAAUGUUUAAAAAGUUUAUCACCCUUUUUUUUUUCGCUGCGCAGGCCUGGAUCCUUCUGGUUAUCGUGGCAACUCUGCCCUUCAUGAUGAUGAAAAUGACGCGUUACUUGGUGGCCAGGCUCAGAUGACAGACGAGGAAAGGUUUAAGGUCGGUUUAACUGUGAACACUUUCCCCCCCAGAGAUGAUCAAAAUCAAAAUUUUACAAAAUUUCUCAAUUUGAUUUUGUUAAAUGAUGAAAACAAGAUAGCAGCAUAUGAGAAUACUGAAGAGGUUUCAUUUGAAUAGUAACACCAUAGGAUUUUGUCUACAGAUUCAAAUCAUCAUCAGCAUCAUACAUCAUCACCUUUAUUUAUCCUCAGUUUUUUCAAUGUAGCUCUUAAAGCUAAUAUCUCCGAGAUAUAAGGAAAUAAAUAUUUAAUUAAAGUAAUCGUUAGCCUAAAAUAAAUAAUGAAAUAAAAUACAAUAAAUGAAAGGAAGUUAGAAGUUAGAACUACAUACUAAAUAAAUGGUACCAUGUGAAAUUACUGCUGAAGAGGUUUCAUUUGAAUGGUAAUACCAUGGGAUUUCAUCCACAGACUCAAAAGUUAGAACUACAUACUAAAUAAAUAGUACCAUGUGAAAGUAUUGCUGAAGAGAUUUCAUUUUGAAUUGUACCACCAUAGGAUUUCAUCCACAGACUCAAAAGUUAGAACUACAUACUAAGUGAAUAUUACCGUGGGAAAGUACUGCUGAAGAGGUUUCAUUUGAAUGGUAAUACCAUGGGAUUUCAUCCACACACUCAAAAGCUAGAACUACAUACUAAAUAUAUAGUACCAUGUGAAAGUACUGGUGAAGAGGUUUGAUUUGAAUGGUAACACCAUAGGAUUUUGUCCACAGACUCAAAAGUUAGAACUACAUGCUAAAUAAAUAGUACCAUGUGAAAGUACCGCUGAAGAGAUUUCAUUUGAAUGGUAACACCAUAGGAUUUUAUCAACUGACUCAAAAGUUGUAACCGCCUCCGUCUCGAUCACUCAAUCUAGGAAUUAAGGCGAAACAAAUGUUCUGGAAAUGGAGGUUAAAUAACACUGAGACGUUUCAUUUUAACGGAAAGUGGAUUGUGUCUAUGACAAUCGGCAUGUUCUAAAAUCCACAAGACCGGAACACAAAAUUUGAGGGCGGGGGUAAUUAAGGUGCAUCAUGGUCUUUGUGAAAAUGGUGAAUAGGUAAAAACACAAAUAGAAACCCUAACCCUAAUCUGUACCUUACUUGUUUCUCAAGGAUUGUGAGCGAUUUAUAGUCAAGUGUAAACGCUCCAGCUGUGGUCAAGAGACGACCCUUGAACUCCUCUUUAAAGGCGCCGUAAGUACACUUUUAACAGUUAAUGUUCAUUUACAGUUUAACAUCAAAUGAUAUUAUUUCCUUCAGUCAUGGAGCUUAUAAUUUACACUAUUCAGGGGUAUAAAGUUAAGCACAUUCAAUGCAUGAGUCAUGGCUGAACAGGGAUCUGUAGAUUAAAGUCAAAUCCGCAAUUUUCCAUUUUCGAAAACCAGCAUUGUCGAUCCCAAGCCUUUAGCAGAGGUAGAUGUAGUUUAUGCUUUGGUAAGGAUUACCAGUAGGGAAAAAGUUCAUAACAGUUCAAAAACAGAUUUAACACGCUUUUAAAACUUUUUUUUUAUUGUUGUUUUAAUUGAAGCAACCAAACGAAGCACAUUACAAGGUUGCUAUAGUUGAAAAACCACAAGUGCACAACAUUUGUGGAGAUACACUCGUAGUUACAGACGUUAUGGAAACUUAAAGCUCUUUAAAGUUUAAACUUUUUAAAAUUCGUUUAGUAAGUUAAGGACCGAAAAUUGAACGUAUAAAGUUUUAGGUCUAAAAUAAAUACUUCGCACCAUUUUUUUUUGUAGUCGAACGCACUGGCAGUCAACGAUACAUGUCCCGGAUGUAACAAUCAGUACAGCGCGGGCGCAGUUUCCAACCAGUUGAACAUUGCCAUGCGCAGACAUAUCAAGGAAUACUACAUGGUAACUGAAGCAAUUUUGUGAAGUGCUCACUUUUUGCAACUGCAGUUGUAUACAGUGGAACCUCGAUUUAAAUAAGUGCCAAGGGACUGGGGAAAUUUUUUCGUUAUAUCGAGGGUACGUUAUAUCGAAAAUCUCGAUAUCACCUCGACGCAAGUUUUACCCUUUCGCAUUCAUCUUUAGUAAUCUUUCGGUCACAUGCUGACAUUUAUUCGUUAUAUCGAGGUAUAUUAUACGUUUGCGUUUCUAGAUUGUGUUCGUUAUAACGAUGAUUUCGUUAAAUCGAGUUUCUGUUCCAUACAUUUUACUGUAAUUUUGGCCGGGCUGAUGGAAAUCGUUCUUUAUACCGAGGACUUCGUUAUAUAGAGGUUCGUUAAAUCGAAGUUCCACUGUAAUAAAAGUAACAAAGUAACUCGUACGGCUUUUUUGUGGGCUAUACACCAAGGAGCAAGAAUUAGCACUUAGUCAGUUACUGCACGGCCUUCUGUGCAGGAGGGUCCGAGUCCGAUUCCCAGAUGUGACCCCAAAUUCUUCUUUCAACUUCUUUCCUGUCCGUGCAGCUUUAAGUAGCUUUAAAUACCUGUUAAACAGAGCACUGAUGGGGAAAGGGGGUAAAUAUGAGCUGCUGACGUAAACUAACGAGGCUUUUUUUAUACCUCUACCCAUUCAUAUGCACUUCAUAAUACAUUCUCAAAUGGGACUUCUGUUAGAGUAGCAAGAAUGCGACCAUCAGCAAGUGUCGUACCCGAGAGGGGUUUGAUGAUGAUGCCAGUCUUAAGGAUAUUUCCCUCAGUUAGUAAAAGACCUUUUUAGCCAUAUGUUUUGUUUUCCCAAUUUACACCCUUGACCUUAAAUUGUACAAGAAUUGUUUCUUAACCUUGCCUAAAAAAGUUUGUGCGUGCUCUUAAGUAACAAUACUAAGAUCUCUGUGAACAGUCUCUUUGUUUAAAAAUUCCUUUGUUAUUAUGUUGUUGAUUUUUAUUCGGCUUUGAAGACAUACUAGGAAUCAAAACUAACCCACAUUAUAACUAAUCGCACAGGGUUGGCAGAAAUGCGAGGACCCGUCCUGUGGUUACAGCACACGUCAAGUACGCCUGACACGUCAACGAGGCCCCCCUAUGUGCCCACAAUGCUUUAGGGCCCACCUGCAUCCAGUGGUAAGUCUAAAACUCAAACAAAGACAACCAUGACCGUCCAAAAUUUUUCUUUGACUCUGUCGGUAUUAUCAGCUAAAACUAUGUUCAAACGGACGGGGUCAACAAUGUUUGGAGUUUUUAACCUCCGUGUUGCCAGUGGAUUGCACACGGAUGCAACAACUCCCAACAAUGUUAGGACCUGCAGUGCAUCGUGGGAAGGAUACUACCCAUAAGGCUUUGAAGACCGUGUGUAAUCCGCGUGCGUGGCCCCAACAAUUAAUGUUGGAAGAGGUUUGCAAACGGAUCCAACAUUGUUGCGCUACGCUUCGGCGAUCACAAAACAAACGAAAUGUUGGGAGUUGUUGGCUCAAACGUUUGUUUGCCAACUAGUUUGCGUCCGUUUGAACGCGGAGCAAGGGAUGGCGCAGUGGUGAGAGCGCACGCCUCCCACCAAUGUGGCCCGGGUUCAAAUCCCGGCGUCGAUGCCAUAAUGUGAGUUGAGUUUGCUCCGAGAGGUUUUUCUGCCGGUAUUCCGCUUUUCCCCUUUCCUCAAAAACCAACAUCUCCAAAUUCCAAUUCCAACAGGAAUCAGGUAGACGGAGAACCACUUUGUGGAUGUGCUACCUACAAAUCAUUAUUUAUUUAUUUUAUUGAAGUAUUUAUUUAUUUAAUAUUUCGUGGCCCAGCUCCUUCAUUGAUUUCCAAUUUGUCAUGUUUUUUUUUAGUACUCCGACACAGCGUUGUACACUCAACUAUUGCACUUCCCCCGCUUGUUUGACGACGACCUUGCCGUGAAAAAUUCAAGAACAGCUCAGUAUUUUGAGUGAGUAUGAGUCAAAAACGUUAUUUACCCACGGUGCUUGCAUCAAAUAACUUUACGAUAAAGUAUCUGUGCUUCUCAAAAGCCGUACUUAAGAAAUUAAAUAACAUAAAAAUAUGUUUAUAUCUAAAACUAAAGCGGCUAAAAAGAGAUCGCACACUCUAUAAACUAAGAAAGAAGAGAAUUUAUAAUGGUUGACUGAGAUAGUAUGUACGACCUGAUCUUCGCCUUGAAUUUUGCAGAAAAGUCUCUUUUUUGAACAAGAAGGGACAGAAUCCCAAAACUCAACAGCCCCAAAAGCAAAACUAUUCUUAAAAUAGUUUGUCCUUGUUGUGGGUAGGUAGCGGGACAACUUAACCUUCAAGCGUCGCGUCAGCGUUUACGUUUCUUCUUGCGUUCGCGUUUCACGCGUGUGAACGGGGACAACUCAAACGCAAGCACAAAUGGAAGGAGGAAAGUGCUCAACUGUCAUGUUGGGAUACAUAAUGUUCAAGUGCACUUUUGUAUCUCUGUGCCUGUGUUUGCGUUGGACGUGGGAACUUGUCUGUUCCAAGGAGUCUCUAGUGUGUUUGGCAAACGGAAAACGCGACUGCGAGCGAUAGGAUCGCGCAAUAGACCAUGGAAACGUUUAGUGUUGACGUAAAGGACGCUGGGAAGGGUCAGCGGCUUUCCCAUGAUACCUAGCGCGGAACCCAUCAUAAAGUUUGUUAAUCUAACGAUAGCCUCCUCUCUUUCAAAACAAACAUUAAAUGUUUCCAAGGAAGUUGUGGAAAGUGCAAUUUUUAUCCACAGCAUAGAAUAAAAAAAGUUUAUUAUUAUUAUUUAUUCAUUUAGUUGAUUUGACCUUUAAACAAUCUGUUUAAUUUCUUUUCGUCUGUUUCUUACUUUUAGCUGUGGGCGUAACACAGAAUACGAAGUCAUUUUACAAAGCUGUGCACUCAGUGAUUACUAA